CGCGCGCUAGUCAUUGUUUGUACAACGCUCUUCACCGGGUCGGUAGCGGGCGUGUGUGUACGUAAAAAUAAAUUUAUAACAAGGAAUAUAAUAUGAUAAUAUGUAACAAAACCCAUCUCCAUCAGUGCAUUUGAACAAACACUACAGCGCGCUUGCGUAUGCGCACGCACUCACAGACGUCGAAGUAAACUCGCGUUAAACACAGUACUUAUCGUAACGGUGGUUCGACGUGUACAUCAUAUUAAUAUCAUAUUAUUAUAAUACCAUUAAACGACAAAAAUUGUUAUUAUAUUAAAAUAGUUACCUCGCGAUUGAAUAAUAUCAUGCUGGUACCCGGUGAAUUUCCUACGUCUACUCGCGGGUCACCGACUCCGUCUCCGCUGUAGUCGUUCGAGUGAUGACGAUCCCAGACACCCGCCAUGUGACGUAUCAGUUCGCCGACAUUUUGGACUCAAUGCAACGAUGACCGCGACCAGAUACUUUACCGUGGACUCGGUGGUCCAACAAGUACAGCCGGCAGCCUCCACCACACCUACCACAACCUCCACAACGACUAUAAACCUCAACACCGAGAUUCCGAGCCACGAACGCGAUGGUAUCGUGCAGGUUGUAGCUGGUUAUAACCGCGAUCGUGAACAAAUCGCCGCCACAGUCGAGUCCUCAUCUCUUCUCCAGCCUACCGCAGACAAUCAACCGACGUCCGUUCAUCACACUCCUUUUGUACAGGUGUUAACUACGAUGACGACGACGACGACGACGACAACGACGGCUGAGAUGAUAACAGCAAACUUGCCAUCCGGUGACGCUAAACAACAACUACUGUUAAAUCAGAAACGAUAUUCGGUCACAGACUUGAUGGACAAACUAUUAGAAGACAUAUACAGAGUAGGUGGUGGGGGCAGCGUUGCCUCUGAAUCUUCGACAGACCAGAUGAAUUGGAGUGAUAGCGGUGGUAGGCCAACGAUCUCUGCAAACAACGGAUGGUCCAAAAGACUAACAAGAAAAAGCGUGGAAGAGUUGUCUACAACGGUCGACCUGCUCAGGGACCAGUUGAAUGUGUGCUGUGAAGCGCUGGUGAAGGCACUGAAGAGAAGGGACAUUCUGAUAGCGCGCCGGGACGCAAAGUGCAACAUGAUCACAGCGCUGUUACACGCGUACUCCAUGAAACGAAACCGUCCGGUGUUUGAACCGUCAUCGCCGUCAUCUCGUCCGGGCGACUGCAAAUCGAGACGAACGAAAUAUUCCUUAUCAAAACACAUUUGGAAGACGGGCGAUGUGAUGAAUGGUUUGCUCAACACGUUGAAGAACAUUGCCAGUCUCAGUGAAGACACCAAAAUGAGAUUCAACAUGAAGCCUGGACCCGGUGAUAGUGACUUUGAACAGUGGCAGAGCGCUAUGAAAAUGGUCGCGAGACUUCCAGACGGCGUUCCGCAUGAAUUCCGAAACACGUUAUGGUUGACCCUGGCGGAAAAAUACUUGUCGUCCAGGAACGUAGAGUGGCCCAAGGUGGAACGGUUUUGCUUCAACGACACGACCAACCCGGAUGACGAAGAGCUGGGCGUACAAAUCGUAAAGGACCUGCACCGAACCGGUUGCAGCUUAUUUUGUGGUUCAUCUGGACUGGAAAACCAAGCGCUGCUGAAACGAGUACUCUUGGGGUUCGCUCGGUGGAACAAGGCAGUAGGAUACUGUCAAGGGUUCAACAUGUUGGCGGCGCUCAUACUGCAAGUGAUGGAAAAAAAUGAAUCUGACGCCUUAAAGGUAAUGAUAUACUUAAUCGAAGGUGUACUUCCCGAAGGUUACUUUGCCAAUAAUCUCAGGGGACUGUCUGUAGAUAUGGCUGUGUUCAGAGACUUGCUAAGAGUCAGACUGCAAAACCUAUCGAGACAUUUAGAUCGAUUACAGACUGAAUCAAAAGACUCCGGAACCAGCUAUGAACCACCCCUAACAAACGUAUUCACAAUGCAGUGGUUUCUUACACUGUUUUGUAAUUGUCUUCCCCAGCGUACGGUGCUUCGAGUCUGGGAUUUAAUAUUCCUUGAAGGAAGCACAGUGCUUUUGAAAACCGCCCUAGCUAUCUGGGAUGCUUUAUCCGAUCGGAUAAUGACAGUGACAAGUGCAGACGAAUUUUAUAGUAUUAUGGCUGUCCUCACCAGAGAAAUGCUUGAGUUCGGUUUAAUGGACGCUAACAAUUUAAUCAACACAAUCAGUACAAUGAACGAACUAGUCGAAGUCAAAGAACUCCGAGAAAGAUACAUGUACAAUAUAAAUCCAUGGGUCAGUCAUGUUGCGAAACGAGGACUGCGAUUGUUUUACACCGAGUCCGACGUUGAGGAGACAGACAGUGAUGAAGAUGUCGAUGGUAAAUCGUCGACGGUCACUGCGAACAACGAUCGAAAAAACGAAUUCAAAACCAAACACGACAAAUCCUGCAGAAGCAAUAGACAGCCGACUCCUAGUUUAGAAUCCGAAAGGGAAAAAGUUGCGUUAGACAUAUCGUCGUUAAAAAAACAAUAUAGCAAGCUCAAAGAAAGGCAAAAACAGGUCCAAGUUAUUUUAACGGCUGCGUGCAAUGGACAAAACUUUAUCGGGACCUCCAACUCUUCAGCGAUGAAUCAUUUGCUGUUCGGUAAAACGGCUCUGAGAUGCACAUCGAUCGGGCCCAUACCCGGAUCUAUACCACUAAAAUACAUACAAGAUGUCAAAAAACCAGAACCCAUAACAGAACCACGAGUCCGAGAGAAACGGACUGUAUCGUCAUCGUCAUCUUCAUCAACGUCCACCGAACUCUGCGAUGAUCCCGCGUCCGAUUGCUGCAGCGAACGGUCGGUCGAUGACGAUGGAUGCAACAGCCACAACGAAAACGGGGAUGGAAACGCUGAACUGGCCGUCGACGUUGUAGAAUGUCGUAUACCUGAUGUUAAAAGCGGCGACGACGAUGUCAGUGAUGUGAGUCUAGCUGAAAUGUUGAGAGCUAAUUCAGAAGUAUUAAGACGGAUGUGCAGAGGAAAAGCAGCAACAGAAGAUUUAGAAUUAGACUUAGAAGAACGGUUACCGGACUUGAUAAACAACAUCGAUAUGCUUGGCGAAUCCUUAACCACUGUAGAAACUUCAACUGCGAACGAAUCUAUAACUGCCGUUAAGAGUUCCACUAAUGACUUCCGAGAUUUGCUAACGGACGAAUUGCUGUCUACAACUGAGACUUCCACUACCAAUAAUUUUCAAGAGACUUUUGUGGACGAGUCAUUGUCUACAGCCGAAUGCGUUGAUCGAGCACAUUCACCACAACAACCCAAAGAAAACCAAGAUAACUUUGAAAAUUCUACUACGUCAGCACCGAAACCAUUUGCUCCGUUCCCUUCAAAAGUUAGGCAGCCAAAACGGCUCGGCAUCGAAUUGGGUCUAUACUCUGACGACAAUUGAUUUCUUCCUUUUUUUCUAUGAUUUAUUACAGAAUUUUAAACUUAAAAAAAACAAUCAUUGUUAAGUAUUUUUUUAUAAAAAAUUAUUGUUUUUGACAAUAAUUUAAAUAUUUUUAUUAUUUAUUAAUAUCGUCACCUCUUUCGAUUGAGUCGCAUUUUUUUUUUAAGUGACGAUUGAUGAUGAUCUUUUUAAACGUCUUUGGAAAAUUUACCACACAUGUGAUAUUUUGUAAAAAAAAAAAAACUAAAUCCGAUUGUUUCUCUUUGUAUGUGUAUUGUAUGUAUAUAUAAUAUACAAUACAAUUAAUUAUAAGAAUAUCAAUAAAUACAAGUAUUAGUAUGACGUAUUUUAAUAGGUAUAUAUAAUAAGCUUUAAAAGAUGUCGCCAAUCACAGUCAUCCUUGACAUUUCCCAGUGAUUGGGCUUCUUUAUUUUUGUGUUCUGGAGUAUUUUUAUCAUAAACCUAUAAUAAUAUUAUAUUAUAUUCAAAUUAUAUUUAUUUUUUGUGAAUCAAUAAUGAAUGACAUAAAAAAUAUGAUGCAUAUGUAUUGCUCAUUCUACAUAAAA